AUGAGCGACGAUGAUCUGCAGGUCGAAGGACCAGACUUGGCCGAGGACGAUCCCAUGCGCGCAUUUUUGCCAACCUCAUUUGGCAAGAAAUCCCGGGAGGCUGACAUAGCCGCUCAGUUUGACCGCAGCAAAAGAGCUGCAGACAAACCGCCGACGGGGUCAAAUUCGAACGGUGAAAGCGACAGCGAUCAUGACUCGGACGAUUCUGACGCUGAAUCGGAUGGAGAUGACUAUCCCACCUCGCACGAGAUGGUCAUCAAGACCCACGACCGCGCAAUCACUUCCGUGUCCCUAGAUCCGGCAGGUGGCCGAUUGAUAUCGGGCUCUAUCGACAGCACCAUUAAGUUCCACGACUUCUCAUCCAUGACUCCCACUACAAUUCGAUCGUUCCGAAGCGUUGAUCCUUACGAAACCAAAGCCUCCACGGCUGGCAACGAGACGCACCCAAUCCACCAUGUGGAAUUCAAUCCACUAGCCGGAAGCAUGUUUCUCUGUGUGUGUGCACACCCUCAGGCUAGGAUCAUGUCUCGCGAUGGUGACAUGAUUACGGAGUUUGUCAAAGGCGACAUGUAUCUCCGGGAUAUGAACAAUACGAAGGGUCAUAUUUCCGAAAUUACGACCGGGACAUGGCACCCUACAGAUAAGAACGUCUGCGUAACGGCUGGUACGGAUAGCACAUUGCGGAUAUGGGACAUCAACAACAAGCGGAGUCAAAGGGAAGUGCUGGUCUUCAAGUCGAAAGCUUUAGGAGUUGCAGGAAGAUCGAGAAUGACAGCGGUAGCUUGGGGAACACCAAUGCAAGGGGGCAACAACGUUCUGGUAUCAGCGGCUCUUGACGGCACGCUGGUCAUGUGGAGCGGAAAUGGCCCGUGGUCAAGGCCUGCGGCAGAAAUCAGAGAUGCGCACACGCCGAACACUUGGACUGGCGGAAUCGAUAUCAGCUCAGACGGGCGCAUGGUUGUGACACGAGGCGGCGACAGUUUGAUCAAACUAUGGGAUACUCGCAAGUUCAAGGAACCCCUUGUGACCGUGGAGCAUCCAUCAACGUCGGAUCACUACCCUAUGACCAACAUCAAGUACGCGCCGAACUCGACGAGCAUUAUCACGGGAUCAUCCACCGGGCAUCUGCACAUAUUGAACCCGGGAAAUCUGCAAUCUGAGUACACGACGCCCGUCACCCCUGGAUCGCCCCUCAUCACCGUGGAUUGGCACCCAAAAAUCAAUCAAAUCAUCACAGGAUCCGCAAACGCCGAAACUCACAUACUCUACAACCCCACAAUGUCGACUCGUGGUGCGGUGGAUGUCAUGUCGCGCGCCCCCAAGCGGCGGCAUGUCGACGACAACCCCGAGUUCACGACUGAUCAGUCGCUGGGUCUCUCGGGCGAUUCCAUCAUUACCCCCGGCGUAAUGCCAGGCUCCAGAAAGGCAGGCGUCACCGCCUCAGGCAGGUCUAAAGAUCCCAGAAGGCCACAGGUGCAGCAGGUGACUCCAUUCAUGCGUAGUCAACCAGAUGAGAAGCACAUCAGCGAGAACAUCCCACUGAGUCGAAUGCUACACGAGGACCCGAGAGAAGCACUGCUCAAAUACGCGGAUGUUGCCAACAAGGACCCCAUGUUCACGAAUGCGUGGAAGACCACGCAACCUGUGACACAGUACGCUAACGUGAGUGACGAGGAGGAAGAACAAGGGCCGGAUAAGAAAAAGCUGAAAAGGUGA